CCCGGCCCCCCUGGAGCCUGCGGCCAGGCUGCGGCCGCCCUGACGCGCGCGAUGAAGCCCAGACCGGCGGGGUUCGUGGACAACAGGCUGAAGCAGCGAGUCGUGCAGUACCUCACCAGCAACAAAUGUGGCAAAUACGUGGACAUUGGAGUCUUAGCAUCUGAUUUACAAAGAAUGUACAGUGUAGACUAUGGUCGAAGAAAAAGAAAUGCUUUUAGGAUUCAGGUAGAAAAAGUAUUUAACAUAAUCAGUAGUGAGAGAGAACUUAAGGAUCUAACAGAUUUAGAAGAUGAACAUCUGGCAAAAAGAGCAAGACAAGGUGAAGAGGAUAAUGAGUUUACUGAAAGCUAUUCAGAUGAUGAUUCAAAUAUGGAAGACUACCCAGAUACACAGGCAGCAAAUCACAUGAACAGCUCCCUGCUCUCCUUAUAUCGGAAAGGACAUCCUGAAUCCGUUUCAAGUACUCCUGAGAUGGAGCCCAGAGAAACCACUGGCUCGACCCCGUGGACACCUUCCGGAACAGGCUCCAUCCCCUUGAAGACCCCGGCCAGAGGUUCUGAGGGAGGGUGGUUUAUCGACAGGACUGGUGGAAAGAUGGACGUGACAGAUGAGAAGAGUAAUCACAAGAAGCCAGGAUCUGAGAUAGAGGAUCCCAAAGAUGCUUCUGUUCUGGAGUGUAGUGAAAAAAGGAAAGUCAGGCUGAAGAGCAAAGGAAGCAAAAGCAAGAAAGACCUUCAGGAAGCAGAUGGAGAAAUAGAAGCUGUCCUGCAGCGGAAAGCUAAAGCCAAGGGGCUAGAGUUACAAGUCUCCAAGGUGAAGUUUGAAGAUGUUGGAGGCAAUGAUACGACGUUAAAGGAGGUGUGCAAGAUGCUCAUCCACAUGCGUCACCCCGAGGUGUACCACCACCUGGGUGCCACCCCGCCGCGCGGAGUCCUCCUUCACGGGCCGCCAGGCUGCGGGAAGACAUUGCUGGCACACGCUGUUGCCGGGGAACUGGACCUCCCGAUUCUGAAAGUAGCUGCCACGGAGAUUGUGUCCGGAGUAUCUGGGGAGUCUGAGCAGAAGCUGAGGGAGCUGUUUGAGCAGGCCGUGUCAAAUGCACCCUGUGUCCUUUUUAUUGAUGAAAUUGACGCUAUUACCCCCAAGAGAGAAGUUGCUUCAAAAGACAUGGAACGAAGAAUUGUAGCCCAGCUCCUCACCUGCAUGGAUGAUCUGAAUACCAUGGCGACGAUGGCCCGGGUCCUCGUCAUUGGAGCCACCAACCGACCGGACGCCUUAGACCCUGCUUUGAGGCGUGCAGGAAGGUUCGACCGAGAGAUAUGCCUCGGGAUCCCAGACGAAGCCUCCAGGGAAAGAAUACUUCGAACUUUGUGCAGAAAACUUAGACUUCCGGAAAGUUUCCCUUUCCGUCACUUAGCACGCCUGACGCCAGGCUUCGUUGGUGCGGACCUGAUGGCGCUGUGCCGAGAGGCAGCCAUGGGUACGGUCAGCAGGGUCCUGACGAUGCUGCCCCCGGAUCCUGUGACUGCGGGUUUGCCAUCCGGACGAGGCCUGGAAGACCAGAUGGGCGCCGAGCCCGCUGCUGGGACACCGGCGCUUCCUGUGCAGGAGGAGUUACAGCGGCUGCUGGAGCUGCUGAGGAGCCACGAGCCCCUGUCCGAGGAGCAGCUGCAGGGGCUGUGCAUCGAAUGGGGUGAUUUCACUGCAGCCCUGGCCUCCGUCCAACCCUCUGCCAAAAGGGAAGGCUUUGUCACCGUCCCCAACGUGACCUGGGCAGAUAUCGGCGCCCUGGAAGAUAUCCGGGAGGAGCUCACCAUGGCCAUACUGGCACCGGUGCGUAACCCUGAUCAGUUCAGAGCUCUUGGUUUGGUGACUCCUGCUGGGGUCCUCCUGGCUGGCCCCCCCGGCUGUGGGAAAACGCUGCUGGCAAAGGCUGUUGCAAAUGAAUCCGGACUGAACUUUAUAUCUGUCAAGGGCCCCGAAUUGCUCAACAUGUAUGUCGGUGAGAGCGAGCGCGCAGUCCGCCAGGUGUUCCAGCGAGCCAGGAGCUCCGCGCCCUGCGUCAUCUUCUUUGAUGAAGUGGACGCCCUGUGCCCUCGGAGGUCAGACCGGGAGACGGGGGCAAGUGUCCGGGUGGUGAAUCAGCUACUUACGGAGAUGGACGGUCUCGAAGCGCGGCAGGCGGUGUUCAUUAUGGCAGCCACCAACCGGCCAGAUAUCAUUGACCCUGCGAUCCUGCGCCCUGGACGUCUAGACAAAACACUGUUUGUUGGUUUGCCACCCCCCGCCGACCGUCUGGCCAUCCUAAAAACCAUUACAAAAAAUGGCACGAGACCCCCCCUGGGUGCAGACGUAAAUUUGGAAGCCCUUGCCGCUGACCUGCGCUGUGAUUGCUAUUCGGGUGCCGAUCUCUCUGCUUUGGUUCGGGAGGCAUCCGUCUGCGCCCUGAGAGAGGAAAUGACAAGACCGAAGGACGGAGGUGAGACAGGUGAACUCAAGGUCAGUCAGAAGCACUUUGAAGAAGCUUUCAGGAAAGUGAAAUCUUCUAUAUCAAAAAAGGACCAGGUGAUGUAUGAAGCUCUGCAGCGGUCCCUCAGCCGGUGACCCCGGCCGCAGCAGGCCCUGGAGCAGGCCAGUGCGCCCAGCUGGCCGAGAAGCCCGCACGCUCUGAGCUGCCUGCUUGCCACCUGCUGCGGAUGGGGUCCUGUGUGCGCAUGUUAUUCCCAGAGUGACGCGGCCGGUCGGAGCCACACUCUUCCCGUCUGGCCAACUGGGUGCGGGAACACCCUCCCUGCUUUUUAAGAACAAGAAAGAUGUUUAACUGCUCAACUAAAAUAACCGAUAACUUUUUUUAAAUAAAAUGUUUAUUUUGAAA